AUGGAACAACCAGCCAUGUCGUGGCCGGAGCAGCUUCAUGAGAAUAACCUCAUCAAUGCGCCCGGUGAAGAAGAGUUCUCCAACUUGUUCGAGUUCAACAUUCCCUUUUCUGAAAUCGAGCACGGACCAGGGAAUAUGCAGCAUUCCAAUUCUCUACCGACCACUACCGGCCCGGAGUCAGAUAUGGCUCACCUACGAUCGCAUGCCGUGCAGCAGUACUCGGGCCAGAUGGAGGGCCUCAUGGAUUUCAGUGACAACACCCAGUCACACACACACCACCCCCACCCAAUGCCUUACUCCGCUCCUCAUAUGACGCCAGGCUUUUGCGCGCAGCAACCAUCACCCAUGUCGCAACCGCCUACGCACCAACAUUACAUGAACCACACUAUGAUCCCACCCACUCCGAACAGUAUGGAGAUGCAUGGAAAUACCCCCCGAUAUACUCAGCGUGUGGAAGAAAACCCAGAUAUGUACGACAGAUAUUCACGCAUCAACGAAGAACAGGCCCUUUACACUCCUCUUAUCUCACCUGCUAUGACGCCUUUGGAGAAUCAAUUCCGACUCCCCGAAUACACAAUCCCUGGCGAAUACUUCACACCUCUCACCUCUCCUGCUCUAGAGGCCCAAAAUGCUGAAUCCAACAGUUACUACCAUGUGAGGCAGGUAUCGGAUAUGGGAUUUGUUCCCACUACUGCGGAGGUGAACCCCCUCCCUGGAACCUCAGCCCCACCUUCUCCUAGCAUUAUUCGGAAGCCCAACAAUCGUCGUCGGUCAACCACCGCCCGGCUCAACAACGCACGGAAAGUUAAGCAAUCACCCAUUAUUCGGGCGCAGCCGCCUAAACGCAGCCCGUUGAAUCACAAUUCGGAGGAAUUCUACAAUAGCCUGACCCAGGAGUUGGACACCACAAAACCACAAAAUCAGGACAUCCGUUCACUGCGGCUCAGUAGCAAUGAGGGCUCCGGUCAGGACUCGGUAUCCCCCGAGCCAUUAUCAGAGCCGUUGAUGCCCCCUCCUGCUCUUCCUCGGAUGUCUCCUGCAAUUGCUCCCCAUGGUCAAACCUCUUCGCCUGGAACGGCUGCAACCCCUGCGAUUCUGAUGCGCAUUCAGGGGAAUCAGCAUUUGCAAGACCCCUCAGGCCAGUUCUGCGGUCGGGCACAGCUCGCAGAGCCUGAGUUCCCAGAUGACAUAAUGGAGGAUAUAUCACUUCCAGAAGCGGCCGCUCCUUCGCAGCUGCGUCCGACACCCAGACGCAUCGAUACCGCUGUGAGGACUCCAUCGAUGUCCGCGAAUGGGACACCUUUCUUGGGUCCCUCAUCUGCGACAUACGAUAAACCCCCCAGUGCUUCUCUUGCCCCCAGUCCACGCACGGCUGCAAUGCCAUCACCCAGUGGACCGGUCCCUCGGAAAUCAGAUCACAAAAUUGCGUCUAGUCGGAAACGAGUCAGUAUGAGUGGAGCUCACCCCAGCCCACAGUUGCUACCCAAGAUUAGUCCCAGCAUCAAGCCACUUAUGAAAGGCGGCGAGGGCAUGUCACAAGAUACGCUCUACCUUGUGUCAAAGUCCAACUACCAACACAUUAUCGACGGCACUUUGCCUUCGGGUGUGAGCUACCCUGAGGCUCUGGCAGAGAAUCUGAGCUCCAAGCGGACCAAUCAUAAGCUUGCAGAACAAGGACGCCGGAAUCGAAUUAACAAUGCGCUCAAGGAGAUUGAACUUCUCAUUCCACAGGAGUUCAUCGAUGCCCGCAACGCCAAGGACGCCGCGGAAUCUGGCGGCAAGGUUAACGAGAAGGAAAAAGAGAAAGAAAAGGCAAACCAGGCCAUCAGCAAGGCCACUGCCGUGGAGAUGGCCAUUGAUUAUAUCAAGGCCCUGAAGAUGAGCUUGGACGCAACCACUGCCAAGUUGGCCGCUGCCGAGGCUAAGCUGUCGGGUGAACCCUCGAAGGAAAGCUCAAGCACCAGUUCCACCGCUCCAUCUGAGAAGACUAUAAACGAUGUCGCCAAGCCGGAGACAAAGAUUUCAACGUGA